AUGGCUGCGGCGGGGGGCGCGGCGAGCCGCGGGGGCCCCGGGCGGCCCUGCCCCUUCUCCAUCGAGCACAUCCUCUCCAGUUUGCCCGAGCGAAGCCCCCCGGCCCGGGCCGCCCGCCCGCCGCCGCCGCCGGCCGGCCGCCCGAGCCCCGCGGAGCCCGGGGAGCCCGGGGCGCCCGAGGCCGCGCCCUGCGCCUGCUGCUGCUGCUGCGGCGCCCGGCGGCCCCCGGAGCCGGCCGCGCGGCUGGGCGCGCGGCUGCCGUGGCCGCUGAGGCUGGGGCCCCCGGCGCCCUCGCCCUUGGCCGCGCCGCCGGGGAGCUCGGGGGCCCUGUCCGCCCCCGGCGGCCCCGGCCCGCAGCGGCGCACGCGGCGCCACCGCACCAUCUUCAGCGAGGAGCAGCUGCAGGCGCUGGAGGCGCUCUUCCUGCGGAACCAGUACCCCGACGUGGGCACGCGGGAGCGCCUGGCCGGCCGCAUCCGCCUGCGCGAGGAGCGCGUGGAGGUUUGGUUCAAGAACCGCCGCGCCAAAUGGCGACACCAGAAGCGGGCGUCCGCGGCUGCGAGGCUCCUGUCCGGAGCCAAGAAGCCACCCAAGGAGAGGUGCUGA